AUGGAUGUUGUAUUCCAGGAAAACGAUAUAUAUUUUUCAGUUGCACAGGUGGAGCAUUGUGACCCCAACACUUCUCAAAAUUCGGAUUUCCUUUUUCCAGACACAUUCCAAACUGAAAGCAACCGGUCGCCUGUUGGAAGGGUCCGGUCACCCGAGGAGGAAACUUAUGAGAUUUUGCCCACUCCAGAGACUUCUUCAGACCUAGUACCACACCAAGCACCUGCUGAGGACGUCAUUCAGAAUAACCGUGGCAAACCUCCAAUAUACUACGAAGCAGACCCUAAUGUCAAAGGAAAAUAUCCCAUCAACAAUUAUAUAUCUCUCAACAGAUUAUCAGAAUCACGGGCACAUUUUGUGAAGCAGUUGGCAAACAUAUCAGUUCCCAACAGUGUAACUGAAGUGCUAAAAGAUCCAAAAUGGAACGGGGCCAUGAAUGAAGAAAUGCAAGCUCUCUAG